CUAACACAGAACAACAUCUGCUCAGAGUGUUAGUGAAAAAAACUCAGUCCCAAUUAGAAUGAAUGUUUACUUGCUUUUAAGUAAGGGAAAUAAAUUCUUUAUGUUCUAUACUGGAUUAUUUUCGCUAACUUCAGAAUGGCGGAUAAUGCUACGAAAGUGAUCCAAUGUCCAAUUAGGCAAAAUAAGAUUCUUACGUCAUCGCAAGCAAGAAUUCAUCUCGUUGUUGCCACUGCGAUCACAAUAGCAUGUGUAGUUGUUGUUAUUAUUGUCAACAUGUUGUUUAUCGUGGCUACUAAGAUAAACAAGUCAAUCCGACGCUCAGUAAACAACCUGUAUGUACUUUUAUCGGUUUCAGAUUUACUUCUCGGCUUAACAUUUCUUCCGAUCAAUGCAGUGCUUCUGCCAGGGUAUUACAAUGCAACAUUGAAUUGCAAUGUACUGCAACUAAGAUCAGUGUCAUCUCAUAUAUUUGCUACAACAUCCAUUUCAGCGAUUGCUUGCAUAACUGCAGAAAUAUACCUAGCUGUACACCAACCUUUAAAUCAUGCUGCCAGGAUCAGAAAAAACAGAAUGUGUCGUAUCCUAGUUUCCAUAUGGAUUGUAUGUAUCUCAUUCGCAAUGAUAGCAAACUAUGGUUAUGAUAAGUUGUAUGAAGCUUAUAAACUUUCUGCAGCUUUUUAUGGAGUCGCUGUGUUAGCUCUGAUGAUCUUUUGUCAAGUGAAGAUAGAAAUGUACCUUCGGAGUCAUCAAACUGUGUCAAACUGUCGCAACAAGAAAGCAACAAGAAUUGUCAGACUUACCUUGAUAGCUUAUCUUUUCUGUUACUUGCCAACGGGUGUAAAUCAUUUUUAUUCUGGCACGGUGGGUGAUACAGCUUUCACUGAAACGUUUAUCGAUCCAUGGUGUUAUUUUUUGAUCGUAUUUAACGCUGUGCUAGAUACGUUUAUUUACGGAUUUCGUUCAAAGAAUGUAAGGAAGGUAAUAAACAGACCAUUUUCAACGUAAAGAGGAUAAUUGCUUUGAAUCAAAAUACUAUUUGUAAAUAUAGUACACCAGUAUUAGUGUACUUGCACAAUUAUGAAAUCAAUAGUUCGGUUGUUCAUUAGUAUCUUAUUCAAAAUUAGAUGCUUCAAUUGGUCUGAAGUCGUAA